CACCCGACGACUCAUGUGCUUCUCUGGACGCAGAUGCGGUCGGGCUCGUCCUUCGCCGGGGAUCUCCUGACGGCCUCGCCGCACACAUUCUACACGGAGGAGCCCCUCAGGGGAAGCAAACUCAGUGGAAGGGCUGAAUCCGUGGCAUUCCUGAAGGACAUCUUGCAGUGUCGCUUCAGAGAGCGGCCGAGGUUCCUGGAAAAGUGGAUGUACGGAGCGAACACCAACGACUACCGGACAAAGCUGCUGUGCACGGUGGUCCGCGGCGUGUGCGAGGACGCGAGCCUCGUGGAGGCGAUGUGCCAGGCCGCCCGGGCGAAGGUCACGCGGGUCGUGUCGCGGGAGAUGGGAGCGGCCGCCGCCCUGCUGGAGGAGGGCGGCCUCAGCGUGCGGGUGAUCCACCUGGUGCGAGACCCGCGCGCCCUCCUGGCUUCGCGGGCGCGCUUCAGGAACGGCAGCCACGGCAAGUACGUGCUGGGGGCCGGCAUAGGAUUCCGCCAGGAGGAAAAGGAUCCCUCGGCCGUGUGCGCCAGAUAUCGCCAGGACGUGGCGGCCAGAGCGUCCCUCCUACGCCUUCACCCAGACAGGUACGUGUUGGUUCGGUACGAAGACCUCGCCCUUGACGCCGACGGAGUGCUGCGGCGCCUCUACCCCUUCAUGGGCCUCCCCUACACCGCCACCGCUGCCUGCAGGGUCGCCUUCCACACCCUUGGGCUUGGGGGGGCCAGCAGCGACCAUCCCUUCAGCACUGUUAAGAACUCGACAUCGACCGUGUUCUCGUGGCGUCGGCACCUCCCUUUCCGAGACAUGGCGAGGAUUCAGAAGGAGUGCGGGGACGUCCUCGAGGCUUAUGGCUACAGGAGCUUCCGCACGCAGAAGGAAUACGAGAAUAUGAGGGUGUCUCCGCUGUACCUGUCAGAGGAGGAGGUGACUCGAUAGGAAUGUGUGUGUGUGUGUGUGUGUGUGUGUGUG